AGGAAAAAAGAUCUAUUUUUCGUUUGUUGUUUUCUUAGUUGCCUUCUUUUAUUUUAAGUUCCUUUCAUUCGUGUGUCCACUCCCUCUCUUAUUUGAGCCUGUUCCGUGAUUUCAGUGAGAAAUUCCUCGAAAGGAAAAGGCUUGGUUGAAAUAACUAGCUAGCCUAGUAAAGUGUCGAGUCCUGGUUUUGAGUUUUUGAGGUUACCUACCUACCUACCUAGGUAACCUCUAUUGGUUUUGAGUGGCCAGUUUUGAUUUCCUGCACAUGACGGACUUAAGUUGCUUUGAUGCUUAUUAAUUACUGAUUACAACUGAAUAUGCUUUACUGUUUGUUUUAGACAAUUCACGCAAGGUCGAAAUGGCAGUGACAGAAUCGAGAAUACUCCUAUCAUUCAAGUUGACGAAAGCAACGGGCACCUUUUGCCUUUUCUCUUGUCCUAAUACCCUCCUCGUCCUCCUACUGUAGCUAGCUAGUAUAGGCCUCCUGCCUGCGAGGUCCACCCCAGACGGGGCUUACCCCAGUCAGAGGUCUGACUCAGACCAGCCUACGUCAGCCUAUACCUAGUAUCAGAUCAUGUUUCAUAGUAAUAGACUGAGACUGAGAGAACGAACAAGAAGUAAGAAAGUGGUUGACCACGAUGAUGUGUUCUGUGGAUAAAACUGGUCUAAAUGCUGAGGCUAGUAAUAUGUCUUAGGCCCCGGUUUUGGAUAAAGGGCUCGGAGGCUUGGUUGAGUAGCCGGCUCUCUUUAUUUAGUAUUUUAAAUUGUUGGUUUUUGAAUCGAACGAGUGUUGCACUAGUGGGACGUCUCCUUGAUGGUGGAGGAGGGUGUGUAUCAACGCGUGGCCUUAGAGUCGCCCUCUCAGUCGCCAACGCAGUCUAGCGACAGGCUGCUGGAUAACAAGUGCGUCCAGUCGAGUGCCAGCUCCUCCUCAGACAAUCUAGAUGCGACUCAGUCGACUCAGACGCACACCAACACCAAGGUGAAAAUGGCGAGUGUCAAGAGGAAAUGGCAGAUAUUUCCGGGCCGCAAUAAAUUUUACUGUGAUGGACGCAUCAUGAUGGCCCAACAGACCGGCAUCUUCUACCUCACUGUCGGUCUCAUUGUUGUUACCAAUGUUCUUUUUUUUGUCUUUGACUGUCCCUUCUUGGCGGGAAACUUGACACCAGCAAUUCCAGCUGUUGGAGGUCUCCUCUUUGUUUUUGUUAUGUCCGUUCUGUUUCAUACUUCAUUCACCGAUCCUGGCAUCAUCCCUCGAGCAACAGCAGAUGAAGCCAGCUAUACAGAGAAGCAGAUAGAGGUGCCUAAUUCUGGCAAUGGCCCAAGAUUGCGUCCUCCGCCUCGAACGAAAGAGAUAUCCGUUAAUGGUGUUACAGUCAAACUUAAGUACUGUUUCACUUGUAAAAUAUUCCGACCGCCUCGUGCGUCCCACUGUUCCAUAUGUGACAAUUGUGUCGAGCGUUUUGACCAUCAUUGCCCUUGGGUGGGUAACUGCGUUGGUAAGAGAAAUUAUAGGUACUUCUACCUUUUUAUCUUAUCGCUUGCAUUCCUCUGUGUCUUCAUCUUUUCAUGUGUCAUCGCUCACCUUGUCAUGUUCAUGAACAAUGAAAAUAAAACCUUCAUGGAGGCCAUCCAGCUACAUCCAGCAUCCGUCAUUGAGUGCGUCAUCUGCUUUUUCUCAGUCUGGUCCAUUCUAGGCCUGGCUGGAUUCCAUACUUAUCUUACCACUUCCAACCAAACCACCAAUGAAGAUAUCAAAGGCUCGUUUAGUUCUCGUCGAGGACAAGCUAACUUUAAUCCAUAUGGUUACGGCAACUUCUGCCUCAAUUGCUUGGCAGUGCUUUGUGGCCCUGUCCAGCCAAGCCUUAUUGAUCGUCGAGGUGUGGUAACGUUAGAGUACCUCUCCACAACGCAGAAUAAAGUGCCGGAAAACCAGGUAUCCUCAAGAAGUUAUGGCACUGUGCACACCACUCAGCCUACGAAUGGCAUGGUUCCACAAUGUCCCAGUACUGAAGGGCCAGCUGGAAGUCCAACUAGUGCAAGUGGGGUACCCACAAUAGGGGGCAAUAAUGUAAGUGUCACAAAUAAUGGAGGCGGAGUAGGGACUGCCAAUGGGGCAAUGGUUGGGUCCCUAAAGAAGAAGUCUGUGUCUACACAAUCUAUAAAUGGUCAAGAGACUGUUGGCAGUAGCCCUGGUGGCAGUUCAAGUUCAACCAAUCCUCUCCAUGCUUCCAGUGGAAAUCCCUUAUCACAAUCAUCGGGAGGUGCCAUCAACCCGCUUCACUCUCCUGUUGGAAGCUCAGUGCCCCUGGCACCCAUACACCAAACUCAACAUCCCAUAGCUGUAGAAAGCACAGUUGUAGCCACCAAUACCACAGGAGGUGCAAGUGUCACUGUGAGUGCCAAUUCUGGUGUGUCCACAAGUCAGUUAUACCUGCUUGACAGUUCUUACGAUCUUGAUCUCGAUUCAAUAGAUGGCUCCGUCUCUCAGCCCUCUCACUCCGAGUCCUCACAGCUAGGACUGAUACACAGUAAUGCUGUAUAGCCAAGUGCUGUCGUAGCCUUCUAUUCUUAUAGGAAAUCUUCUAGUUGGUCAGUCCCAAUUGCUGUGGUGUAAAACUUUUUAAUUUUUCUUCACUAAUUCUGUUUCACCUUGGUUUUUCUUCACCCAACUUGGUGCUUUUGAGAGAGGAAAAAAGCAAGAGGUGUUUAAAACCACAGAUAAGAGGGAUUUUUCCUGUUUAUAUGUUUGCCUAACAUGACAUUAACAUAUUGUGAGUAUUAUUUUUAUCACGUGAAAUCGUUCUAUGUUUAUGUGAUUAUCCAGCGACUUAAUUUUUACUCAGCACAAUCAAAGUGAUGUCAGUUCCGUUUUGAGGUUUGUGUCUCGUGUGUGUUUGUAUAUAACUACAUAAAUAUAUAUAUUCCUAUAUAAUGUAUAUUAGCAACAGAUAAUUAUGUAUUUUUACUCUGUGCGUUGUUUUAAUUUUUUUUCUGUCGUUAUCAAAAAUGUCUUCAAAUAAAAAAUAUGAAAGCAACUUCUGUGAAAGUAAGGUUGCAUAAGAAAGGGGGGUUGGGAGAAACAAUUGGAAAUAAGUUUAUGGAAUCAAAGCUAUGGCAGUGGAAGAAGACAAGAUUAAUCUUAACAGAGGAUUCCAUAAUUAUAAAAGUUUGUUGUUUCAAAUUGAUCAGUGGUCUGUAUAUUAUCAUGUUGUCAUCCUUUACAGAAUUCAGGCACUUAAUGAAGUUGUUGUCUUAAUGUCUAUUUGUAAGUAAAGUUUAUAUCUGCUAAUAAGGAUUUUCAGCAAUGUUUCUAGUGAUAAAUUAUGAGAGCUAGGAGACCAGACAGUUCGUGAUGCUCUAAAUUUUUUCUUUCUGUUGUCAGAUUUGCAAAGUGUAAUUCAGGACUAUUAAAUGUCAGUGAUGUCACAUGGAUGUAAUACCCCAUUAACGUAGAAACACAGUUCCUCACUGAUUACUUGACUUCAGAGUUCAUAAGUAGAUAUUGUGAUUUGAGAACUUCUUUGCCCAAAGAGAGUAAAGAUGUUUCUGCAGUACUAAUUGAGAUCCCUUUCUUGAAUGAUCAGUGGGAUGUUCAUUCUCUUUAGCAUUCAGUUUAAGCUUCUUAUAGUAGGAGAAGGAUUAGAAUUGAGUUGGUUUCCAAUGCUGAGGUUGUUGUUGCCUUUCUUUUCAUGUGGACUGGUUUCGCUUAGAAACAUUAGUUAGUUGGGAUUCUUAAGGGAAAUAAUGAUCAAGUUUGAUACUGAUCUUCAAAGACUUCAUACUGUCAGGCACAUGGAAAAGUGGAGUGCUGUUGUGAUUUGCCUUUAUAAUUGAUUGUGACUUUUAGAUUUUUAAUUAGAAACUACAAGAUGUAAUGUCAGUUUUUUUAUUUUUUAUUGUAGAAAUAAUGUGUCUGUCUAUCAAGUCAUAUAUAUUAUAUUUUUGUAGGGACACAAAAUGUCUUUUUCUUCUGGAGUGGGUGUUAUGUGGAGUUAGUGUGUAUUACCCUUUCCAUACAGUAGAGAAAUAAAAAAAUCCCUUGUCAGUAAAAACUUAACAAGAAUUUUUGCUAUUUGGCAGAGAUCGUCUGAGAUAACUUUUCCUAUUGUCCUUUUAUGUUCAUAAUUUGUUAUUGGCUUGAAGAUGUCCAGUUGUAAAGAGUCCCCAUGUUGAAUCAUUCAUUGAGCAGGAAAACAUUAAUAAAGUAGGCUUUCAUGAAUUGCAUUUGAGAUUUAACUUUGAACAAUGAGAAUAACAAGGCAGUUUGCUCUUUGGUAGUCAUUUUGGUAAAUUAGUUUUUUUAGUUUCUAAUCUUUAGACUUGAGGUUUUGCUGUCUUGGCCAGGAAUGGAAGUGGGCUAUGUCAAGUGUCAUGCAGUAUAGUAACUUGGAUAUUUUUAUUUACCUACCCAAAAAAAUUCAAUGCAGAUAUGAUUUAGGAGUGUAUUCUCUCUAAAUUUCCUUUCACUUGAAGGUCUAAGUCAUAGUCACAUACAAGACAGACACUCAGAGAGUUUCGUGCCUUAGGCGAGAAUUAAUCUUCUGUAAUUCUGUAUUUUUUUUUUUUAAUAGUUAGUUACAGAACUUUGGGGAGGUAUGUUUAGAGGAGUUCCCAUUAAACCCUUAAGGUUGCCAGGAUGGGAGGAAACUGCUUGGGGAGAUCAUUACUUAAUAUGCACAUCCCCUUUUGUUGUGCUGAUAACAUUUUGGUAUUAGUGCUCCCUUCCCAUAUUAACUCACUUUUUCAUAUAUAGUAGAUGAAAGGAUAAUUCUAGGGCUGAGAACUAAAAGGGCCAAUGUCAAAAAAUGGUCGAUUGUAGUUAAGACCGUCACUAAACUAGAAAUUUAUCUCUGUUUCAGUGCUAUAAUGGCCAAUGUUAUAAGUUAAGCAGUCACCCAAAAAAAAGCUUUCGUUUGCUGUACUUACCUGAAUUUUAAUAAAGGAAGCAAUAUUUUAAAUGCGUUUUUCUGAAAACAUGGUUUUAGGACAUUGGCCCUUCUAGUUCUCAGCCCUAGAAUUGUACUCGUGUCUUGUAGUUCAAUCUUCCAGCAUUUGAAUCAGGCACUUAUUAGGUAAUUUACACUUAUUAUUGUGUUGUUAUCCAGCUUGUAGUCCCUAAUACUCAGAGGGUUUCAUAUUACUGAUUAUGUACUACAGACUUUAGUUUUGUAGUGGGGAUACUGUGUGGCACCUUUCAGGUUUUAGAGCAAUCACAAAUGUGACAAUCAGUUUGGACAUUUAUUUUUGACAGAAUUAUUACUUAAUUUUCUACACACUUUCAAGCAUUCCUUUUUCUGUUCAUUCAGAUUAUAUGUACUAUUCAGUAUUUUUGAACAACAAUUUACCAAAAUGGCAAGAGGAGAUACUCCAAGCUUAAUAAAUUUUGCCAAACUCUUUUUCAUUAUAUCUUUUCCUGAUAGUUAUUUUCUGUAACUAGUUUGGCAGAGUAAUUGAGAUACACUACAGUAAUGGGAAUCUGAGUUAGACAUUCAGAAUUGAUUGGUCGUUGAACAUCCAAUUUAACAAUGCUAAUUAUCUACAGAGGGUUUGAAUGCUGUUCAUUAUACAUAUUGUGAUCAGGAAAUUCUACAACUUGUAACUGUGUGAAUGACAGAAGUAUGGCAAUGUAUAUUGGUGACAUAGAAAAUUAUGAAUGAAGCUGGUAGGUGUUGCCAAAAGUUUGAGAAAAUUGUUAGUUUCCAAAACUUUGGUCUUAGUCCUAAACCUCAAACAUGUGUCCAUCCAUUCCUAUGGUGAUUGUAAAAAAUAUACCUGGCAGUUGAGGACACUAGUUACUAAUAUAUUUUUUUAUGAUAGUGAUGUAGAUUUUUUAAUUUGUCUUUCUCUUCUGUUCAUAGUUCAGUCUAGCAAGAGAUUUCGUAUUUUGGGGGGAAAAGGAAAAAGCAGGCUCUUUCUGAGUGGAAAUUGUAUGCAGCUAAGGAUAAUGCCUUGGUCGAAUCAGAGUUGUUUGCUGGCCAACCACAUUCCAUCAAAAUUGCUCCUUGAAGGUUAAAGGUUUGUUUUAUAAAUACUCGGAAGGACAACUGUAAAGACUUUUGAAGAAAAGUUAUUUGUAACAGUUGAAUUACAGGCUGUCACAGUGGUUGUAUAUUUCAAAGGCCAGUUUGGUAUAUUUCAGACAACAUGGCAAUAGAAAAACAAAAAUUGCAAGAAAAACAUAAGCAUGUCAAAAUGAACAAAAAUAUUAGGAUAAUUAUUAAAGUCAAUAGGUAACAAAUCAAGGUAAAAUAAACUUCUUGGUAUCCAUAGAGUUGAAAGAUAACAAAUCUAGGUA